UGAGCAAGGAUUGGAAGCUACAAACCAAUCGCGUGCGAGUCAUACUAACCACGUGGUUCAACUAGCGAAUCAAAUCGCCAGCCUGAACUCAGAGCGAGUUGUAUGAGCAAACCGAAGCAGAGGUUUGUGGCCAGGCACAGACAUCCACGCAGUGUGAUAUAAGGAAGAGGAGGUGAAAGGCGAGCGAAAAGCGAUUGAAGCGAGAAACGCAGGGAGGUGAUACAGGAAGACAGAGCGUGAAUUACGGUCAGAAGAGGUGCAAACACUAUGGCGCUUUCUAAAAAGAGAAAAGUAGAUGCCGAAAAUCGAGCGUUCAACACGGAAUGGACUGAUGCAUACAUGUUCAUUCUUCCACCCGCGAGCACGAAACCAGUGUGCCUCAUAUGCUCCGAAACCGUGGCACUUAUUAAAAGUGCCAAUGUCAAGCGUCACUAUGAGACUAAGCACAAAGCAUUUGACCAAUCAUACCCCCCUAAGUCCGAACUCHGGACGCAGAAAAUUCGAAGUCUCACUGCCCAAUAUGAUCAGUCCACCAGGGUAUUAAGCCGURCUUUCAGCGCACAACAGCGUGCUAAUGAAUGUUCCCUCCGUGUUGCUUGGGUUUUAGGGAAACACAAAAAGCCCUUUACAGAUGCAAGUAUUGUCAAAGAGUGCAUGACUGAAAUUUGUGAUCUGAUGACAGCUGUCCGCUCAUUUCAACGAAAACUUCAGGUGUAUAAAGAAGAUCUGCAAGGAGACUACACACACUUCCCAAAAGUGAAAGAACAGGUGCAGGGYCAYAGAGAUGUCUCCUCUUUUGYUGACUUUGUUGACAAGUUGAUUGAAAACUUCAGCRAACGCUUUGAUAGCUUCAGCAUUGGAGAGGAGCUCACCCUCUUCAUACAGAAUCCAUUUCUCAUCACUGAUGUCAGAGCAUUCACAAAUGAUGUCACACAUCMCUUCAAGUGGGCAAMCACUGGGCCUCUCCAGAUGCAAAUGAUUGACCUCCAGGCAGAUGUGGCCCUGAAAGAGCAGUUUGCAAGAACCGAAUCUACCACAUUCUGGCUCCAGAUGGUUUCUGAGACAGCUUUCCCAGAUCUGAAAAAAGUGGCCCUGUUUAUCUUGACCAUGUUCGGCUCCACAUACAGCUGUGAGGCAGCGUUCUCUACAAUGAACAUAAUAAAAACAAAAUAUCGUUCCAAGCUCACCAAUGAGCAUCUGCACAUGUGCAUGAGAAUGGCCCUGACCUCCUUCAMGCCCAGAUUUAAAAUGUUGGCAGGGCAAGUCAAAGCUCAAUUCUCACACUGAGCAAGGAAAUUGGGGGAAGACAGAUGUAAGAGAAAUCUGUAAGAGAAAUAGUUCAGGUGUUUUGAGAGUUGUUUUGUUGAGCAGAAAUAUUGAGAUUGUUGAAUCAAAAGGAAACUGAAGCUGCUAUUUUUUAUUAAGCACUUUCUUUAUUUUUGAAUACAUAAUUUAGUUAUUUUUAAUUUAAACUGCAGCCACAUAAUAUUAUCCUGUGUUUCAGUGCUAAUAAACUUCUUUGAAAUUAUUUUAACCUGUAUUAUUAUUUUUUUUAACACCAUGUAUUCCGAUAUUGUCAUACUGCAAAUAGACGAUAU